AUGGCCGACCAACAUGAUACUGUAGAUGACGGUCAAUUGCUUAAAAUUUUAAUCAAAAAAAGAGGAUCAGUAAAAUUUAGAUUAACUCAUCUAGUAAAACAGCUAGAUGCAGUUGAAAAGGAUAUUUCAAGUAUUGAAGAAUUGCAAUUUGUAGAAUGGAAACAAAAGGCCGAUCGUAUGCCUCUUUUGUGGGACGAGUUCGCGGGGAUACAAUGUCAAAUUGAAUCGCUAUCAGACGAACCUGAUCAGUUUCAAGAAAGGGUUGAUUUCGAAAACAAAUACGAUAGGUGUUUGGCCAGGUUGAAACAGUUGUUGAAAAAAUCGUCAGAAGUAGAGAGCAUAAAAAGCGUCAAAUCUUGCGGUUCGAAUCAAACCAGUGCCAGCGUUAAAGAAAGUAUAAAGUCUGAUGCCGGCUCAAAUAAAAGCGAAAAUGCGUAUAAGGCUCUCAAGGAGAGGUAUAACAAUGAAAAGGUGCUGGUGCAUCAGCACAUACAAGGCAUUUUCAAUAUAGAAAAAAUCAUGAGGGAAUCGGCAUCUGAGCUGAGGAAAAUAAUAGAUACAUUGUCUAAACACCUCAGAUCCAUUGUACAGUUAGGCCAACCAAUUGAUAAUUGGGAUGCGUUAAUUAUUUUCAUUGUAACUUCAAAACUGCCAAAAGUAACUAAUCAGGAUUGGGAAAAACAAAACAAAAAAUUCAGGGGACCUACUAUUGAAAAGUUUAGAGAAUUUUUAAUUGAUCGUGCUGACUUUCUUCAAACGAUUGAAUCGAAGAAUCAAGAAAAAGCAGCUGAGAAAUUUGAGAGUAAACAUAACAGAAUAGGACAAACAAGAGGUUGCGGCAUUUUUAAUAAAUUAAGUGUCAACGAAAGAAUUGACAAGGCAAAACAACUACGUUUGUGUUUGAAUUGUUUGAAACCCGGACAUUUUAGUACCGUCUGCAGAGCAAACACUUGUAAAAGAUGCAAUUAUAAACAUCAUGUGCUAUUGCACAAAGAAACGUCGAGAAGCAAUUUGGCAACAGAGCUAGAAUCUGCUCAUUCCGCAAACGACGCUGGGGAAGCGCCGCGAAAUUCAAACGAUACGUUCGAACAGCCGUCAAAUUCAAACGGUGGGGAGCGCGCGGAAACGGCAUCAGUCGCGAUAUCAGUGUUCAGUUCCAAUAACUUCGUGUUGUUGUCCACCGCAUCUGUUAUAGUCCGGGGAAAACAUGGAAAAAGCGCAAUUGUCAGAGCGGUUCUUGAUUCGGGCAGUCAGUCAAGCUAUUUAACCUCGGAUAAAUUAUGGCUAGAAAAAAUAGACUGGGACUCAGCACUAUCGCCAGAAUUAGGAAAACAAUGGCUCAAACUAAAAAAUAGUUUAAUGGAAUUGAAUAAGAUACAAAUUAAUCGCAAGGUUAUUUGUGAUGAUGCUAUGAAAGUUGAAUUACACGGAUUUUCUGACGCGAGUGCAGAAGCAUACGGAGCAGCAAUAUAUAAUCAGUUCUACGGCAAAAUUGGGGCGGCCCUGCGGUACGGAGGACUUGAGGUAAGUAACAUUGAUAGUAAAAAGCCUGUGCUUAAUGAAACUCACAAUGAUCGCAUCCAUACAAGAAAAUAUAGGGGUCAACCUCGUAUAACAGGUAAUAUAGUAAAUCACAUCCCUAAUGUACAUGUAGAUCCUGUAAAUAAUAUUGAUUUCCUGGAACCGCCACCUCUCUUUUCUUUUUCUGAAGUCACAUUUAACGAGAUCCGCGAUGUAAUAGAUAAUCUCAAAAUUAAAAACAUACAACCUGAAAGCAGAUUUUCUGUAGGUAUAGUUUCUCUAGAUAGGCAUAGCCACAGAGUACACGGUCAGUACAGAACUGAUAUAGCGAGAACGGAAAGUCUAUUAGAUUCUUAUAUGGACAUGCGAAUCAUGAGAGUGAAUGCAGCCAAAUCAUUCAAAUUACCUAAUUCAGCAGUUUUCGGUACUUGUAAUAGUACUAAGAAGGAUGUAGUGAUUUUAGAAUGUGUAGGCAUCACUUUCUACAAACAUAAUACGUUCUUCAGUUUUCCACAUGAUAUGGACUUGUCUCCUCCAAGCCAGUUUCGACCAGAGAACCCAAAGCACUGGAUCCAAAGUAGUAAGACAUCAUACCAUCAUUAUCAUAGCGGUUUAGCCUUAGAUUCUGAGGGGAUUGUUAAAGCUGCAUAUAGGUUGUCUCAUCCAGAAACAGAGAGUUAUAAGAAUUUGGCUCCAACUAAAGGGAGCAAUUCGGCUAAAGGGCAUACAUUACUGUUGUGGUUCCUCCCGCAGCGGAAACAGCCCGGAGAGCGACCAGACGAUGUGAACUGCUGUAGCUGCGGCAGCGCCAUGUUUGAGCUGUUGCCCCCACUCCUGCGCGUGCCUCCUUGGCUCCGCUGCGCUGCAGAAAAGAUAUCUCAAAGUCCAUUAGAACCAUAUCGCAGUAGAUAUCAUGCAGAAAUAGUCUUUUACUUGAAGGAUAACUUCAAGAAUCGUUUCAAGGAUUUCAACGAAGUUGUUGUAGUGGCACAAUUUGUUGUUUCACCCUUCAUGGAAAUUGAUAUCCAAAGGUUUGCAACUUUUGUUACCCAGAAUUUUAGCGAAGACAUCAUUGUGACAGAAAUGGAAGACGACUACCGUAAGAUCCUUCGCCUAUUCCGAGAGGAAGAAGUGCCCCAUCACACUUUUCCUCUCCCUUCGGAACGGAACAUCCAUGCGGUGGUUCGAGGAGUUCCCGUCAACUUUUCGGAUACUGAGAUUAAGGGAGAACUGGAUCAGAGGGGAUAUAGCCCUCUUCACAUCAUUCGAUUGAAGCGCAGCGGCGGCGCGCCCAUGCCUUUGGUGGUCGUGAUACUGCCCAAGACUGGAAAGUCUCAGCAAGUGUUCAACGAUCACGAACUGCUGGGACUGGCCAUUUGA